AUGAUACAAGAUAUAGAAAAUUUAUAUAGAAAUGAUGCAGCCUUAGAAGAUAGAUUAUCUUCACAAUCUACUAAACAGGUUUUUAUGAAUGUUUUUUGUGAUGAUCUUGAUGAAUUUUUGGAAUAUGAAACUCAAAUCACAGGAUCAUAUAUUAGAAAUUAAUGUUUAGUGAUAAAAAAAAAAUAAUAUUCAUUUAUAAUUCCAGAAGGAAUGACAUUAUUACAGUUAAUUUAGUAGAAUAAUAGAUUUACAAUUUGCUAAAUCGAAGUGAUAUAUAAAUAGUUAUUAGAAGCUUUAUAUCAAAUACAUAAGAAAUAUAGUUUAGGAAGAUGUUUUCAUGUCCGUAAUAUUUAUUAUCAUAAUAAUAAAAUUUAAUUGGCUGUUUUUGGAUUUUAUCCAAAUCUAUAAUUAAUACCUCCCGAAUAUUUAGAGAGAGGAGAACAGAAUCAAAGAAGAGAUUAUAGUUAGAGUAUAGAUGUUUGGUUGGUGGGUUGUAUUAUAUUUUAGUUAUUUACUGGAGAAAUAUUGAAUCGUUUUCAGACAAUUUAAGAAUAUUGUUAAUUUUAUAAUUAAAUUAAAUCAAAAAGGAUUGAGAAUAAUUGGAAAAAUCGUAUAAUGUAAAUGCUUCACCCUUAAGAGGUUUAGAGAUGUACAUUUUUUUAGAUGCAUCAUGAAAUAUUGAAUAGCAAUCAAAAAGGAAUUAAAUAAUUUUAUAAAACUACUUUUUUAUCAUAGAAUUACAUUUAUUUGAUAAAAGCUAGAGAAUAAAUUGAUGAUGAUUACAUAGAAUGGGCUGUGGUAUAUAAUAAUUUGUUAAAAAUUUUAGCCUUAAGAAUUUACAACAGAAAUGGUAAUACCAAAAAUGUUAAACCCAUUUCGAGAUAAAUAUAAUUAUCCCAAUGUUGUGAUUACACAAAGAAAUGAGAAUGUAAAUCCUUACCCAAGAAUAACUAAUUCUGGUUAUUAUUCUUCACCUAUACAACCUUCUCCUCCAAAUAAUGAUUAAUCAUAAAACUCUUCAAAUGGAUCAAAUAAUGAAAAUUUGGAAGAAAGAGUACAAUAUCCUGAAUUAAACUUUUUGACAAACAAAUGCAGAGAUUAAAAUGUAAAUGUCAAAUAUAGUUUUUUAGGAUUUCUUAUAAUAUAAAGCUAUUUGGAUUGAAUUACACUUUGAAUCCUAUAAAUGGUAUUUAAUUGGUUCUUUAAAAGAAUAUUUAGAGAGAUCUAUUUAGGAACAAUAAAACGAAGGAAUAUAGAGCCCAUUAGAAACAUUGGGUAUUUAUUGUUUAUUAAAAAUGUCAAUCAUUAUGAGAUAAGAAUUUCUAAAUCAAUGGAAUACAGGAAUUUUAAAUUUCGACAAAAAUAUAUGGUAGUAAUUUAUUAAGAAAAGUGGAUAAGCAAAAAGAUUUUAUAAUGAUGUGAGAAUGUAACUUAUAGGAGAUUAAAGUGUGAUAGAUUAAAAUUUUAUGAAUUGCAAUAAUAAUUUUUAACAUUAUAGUGAAUAUACAGUUGUAUAUGAUUAAAUAAAACAAUCAAUUACAGAAGUAAUUAUAAAAUAUUAUUAUUAAUUAGACAAUUAAUGAAUAGACAUUUAAUGAAUUUAAAUUACCAUAUAGAAUUAUUUUACGUUCUAUUUUAAUUAGAAUAGGAAAUAGUUGUUAAUAAUGCAAAGAUACAAAUAAAAAAUUAGAACUAUAUUUGCUUUAAUUAAAAAUAAUAAUUUGCAUGGCAAUUUAAUAAAUCUUUUUACCUUAAAAUAGGGAUUUUAUUUUCAGAAUUGUGAAACAAACUGUGAAUAUUACAAAUUUUGAUAAUCCAUAUUAUUUAGAAUCAAUAUUCUUUUAAUAAAAUGAAAUUAGAUUAAUGGAAUAAUAAAUUAAAAUUAUUGAAUAAGAUUAUUUUGGUAGUAAGAGAUGA